UGACUGCUGCUAUUAAGAUGGCAGCUCUAGCCGAGCCCUUAGGUCUGGAGAGAGAUGUGUCCCGCGCCAUCGAGCUGCUGGAGAGGCUGCAGCGCAGCGGAGAGGUGCCACCACAGAAGCUGCAAGCCCUGCAGCGCGUCCUACAAAGCAAGUUCUGCUCGGCCAUCCGAGAGGUUUACGAGCAGUUGUACGAUACUUUGGACAUCUCAGGGAGCGCGGAAAUAAGAGCUCACGCCACUGCCCGGGCUACUGUUGCUGCGUUUGCGGCCAGUGAAGGGCACGCUCACCCGAGGGUCGUGGAGCUCCCGAAAACCGACGAGGGCCUGGGAUUUAACAUCAUGGGGGGCAAAGAGCAGAACUCCCCCAUUUACAUUUCGCGGAUCAUUCCGGGGGGAGUCGCGGACCGCCACGGGGGGCUGAAGCGGGGAGAUCAGCUGCUCUCCGUGAACGGUGUGAGCGUGGAGGGCGAGCAGCACGAGAAAGCGGUGGAGCUGCUGAAAGCCGCGCAGGGGACGGUGAAGCUGGUCGUGCGUUACACCCCCAAAGUGCUGGAGGAAAUGGAAGCCAGGUUCGAGAAGAUGAGGACAGCCCGCCGCCGGCAGCAGCAGAACAGCUACACAUCCCUGGAGUCUCGAGGGUAAAGGAUUUUCGGAAGAAGUCUAACGUUCUCCAGACGCCUCUCUAUUUAUUCAUACAGAUUCCCUCCCCCCAUCUCCUAUGUACAGUAUUUAUUUCGUGUUCAUAUAGGAGUGUCUUGGCGUGUGUGAACGUGCAGAUCACGGUGGACUAGUCCUACGGUCAUUAAGUCCAAGGGUUUCCGUCAGCCUCUAAUAAUCAAGCCCGAGAACGUAGAAUUCCGGAUGUUUCUAGACACGCCGGGCCUUUGGA